AUGGUUCUCCCAUAUGUGACCUUUGCUGGGUGGUGUUUUACUGGCUUCAGUUGCAUCACCCCCUCUCCGACUUCCAUCCCCAACACAGCCCCACCUCCCCCCUCUCCGUCUUCCAUCCCCAACACAGCCCCACCUCCCCCCUCUCUGUCUUCCAUCCCCAACACAGCCCCACCUCCCCCCUCUCCGUCUUCCAUCCCCAACACAGCCCCACCUCCCACCUCCCCCCUCUCCGUCUUCCAUCCCCAACACAGCCCCACCUCCUCCCUCUCCGUCUUCCAUCCCCAACACAGCCCCACCUCCCCCCUCUCCGUCUUCCAUCCCCAACACAGCCCCACCUCCCCCCUCUCCGUCUUCCAUCCCCAACACAGCCCCACCUCCCCCUCUCCGUCUUCCAUCCCCAACACAGCCCCACCUCCCCCCUCUCCGACUUCCAUCCCCAACACAGCCCCACCUCCCCCCUCUCCGACUUCCAUCCCCAACACAGCCCCACCUCCCCCCUCUCCGUCUUCCAUCCCCAACACAGCCCCACCUCCCACCUCCCCCCUCUCCGUCUUCCAUCCCCAACACAGCCCCACCUCCCCCUCUCCGUCUUCCAUCCCCAACACAGCCCCACCUCCCCCCUCUCAGCCCCACCUCCCCCCUCUCAGCCCCACCUCCCCCCCUCUCCGUCUUCCAUCCCCAACACAGCCCCACCUCCCCCUCUCCGUCUUCCAUCCCCAACACAGCCCCACCUCCCCCUCUCCGACUUCCAUCCCCAACACAGCCCCACCUCCCCCUUCUCCGUCUUCUAUCCCCAACACAGCCCCACCUCCCCCCUCUCCGUCUUCCAUCCUCACCCCAGCCCCACCUCCCCGUUAUCCAUCCUCACCCCAGCCCAACCUCCCACCUCCCCCCUCUCCGUCUUCCAUCCUCACCCCAGCCCCACCUCCCCCCUCUCCGACUUCCAUCCCCAACACAGCCCCACCUCCCCCUCUCCGUCUUCCAUCCCCAAUACAGCCCCACCUCCCCCCUCUCCGUCUUCCAUCCCCAACACAGCCCCACCUUCCCCUCUCUGUCUUCCAUCCCCAACACAGCCCCACCUCCCCUUCUCCACCUUCCAUCCUCACCCCAGCCCAACCUCCCACCUCCCCCCUCUCCGUCUUUCAUCCUCACCCCAGCCCCACCUCCCUGUCUUCCAUCCUCACCCCAGCCCCACCUCCCACCUCCCCCCUCUCCGUCUUCCAUCCUCACCCCAGCCCCACCUCCCCCUCUCCGUCUUCCAUCCCCAACACAGCCCCACCUCCCCCCUCUCCGUCUUUCAUCCUCACCCCAGCCCCACCUCCCCGUUUUCCAUCCUCACCCCAGCCCAACCUCCCACCUCCCCCCUCUCCGUCUUCCUUCCUCACCCCAGCCCCACCUCCCCCCUCUCCGUCUACCAUCCCCAACACAGCCCCCCUCCCCCUCUCCGACUUCCAUCCCCAACACAGCCCCACCUCCCACCUCCCCCCUCUCCGUCUUCCAUCCCCAACACAGCCCCACCUCCCCCUCUCUGUCUUCCAUCCCCAACACAGCCCCACCUCCCCCCUCUCUGUCUUCCAUCCCCAACACAGCCCCACCUCCCACCUCCCCCUCUCUGUCUUCCAUCCCCAACACAGCCCCACCUCCCCCCUCUCCGUCUUCCAUCCCCAACACAGCCCCACCUCCCCCCUCUCUGUCUUCUAUCCCCAACACAGCCCCACCUCCCCCCCUCUCCGUCUUCCAUCCCCAACACAGCCCCACCUCCCCCCUCUCCGUCUUCCAUCCCCAACACAGCCCCACCUCCCACCUCCCCCCUCUCUGUCUUCCAUCCCCAACACAGCCCCACCUCCCCCCUCUCAGCCCCACCUCCCCCUCUCCGUAUUCCAUCCCCAACACAGCCCCACCUCCCCCUCUCCGUCUUCCAUCCCCAAUACAGCCCCACUUCCCCCCUCUCCGUCUUCCAUCCCCAACAGGGCUUCAGAGAAACAUGCUAUCCCUAGGCUUGAGUUCUGCAUCGUAGCAUGCCUUUAUAUUUACAGACAUAGAGAGGGAGAAAGGUAG